AUGGGUUCCAGCAUAAAGCCCAUCACCGGGGCCGAAAUCUUCCAUGAGAUGCUGCAUCGGCUCGCGGUGAAAGCCGUCUUUGGGUACAAUGGCGCGGCGGUCGUCGCGAUCUUCGACGCGAUCUACCAGUCCCCGUACUUCACCUUUGUGCUGCCUCGUCACGAACAAGGGGCCGGCCACAUGGCGCAGGGCUACGCCCGUGCCGCCCAAAGGCCCGGCGUGGUCCUAGUCACCUCCGGUCCCGGCACCUCCAACAUGGUUACCCCGGUCCUCGACGCCGCCAUGGACAGUACUCCUCUGGUGGUCUUCUGCGGGCAGGUCUCGCAGCAGGAUCUCGGCACGAACGCAUUCCAGGAGAUCCCGACUGAACAAAUCAUGCGGCCGUGCGCAAAGGCCGGCUUCACCGUCACCUCCGUCGAGGCUCUGCCUUUCAUCAUGGUGGAGGCGUUUCGCACCGCGGGGCGGGGUCGACCGGGUCCGGUGGUGGUUGUCCUCCCGAGGGAUAUCUCUACUGCGUCUCUGGACCGAAGUGAGAUGCACAGGGCCAUGAUGAGUCUUCCCCUUCCCCUUCCUGGCGAGCCGAGCGUGUGGGGAGAGGCCCCGGGGACUCUGAGGAUGACGGAUGAGCAGGUAGCAACGAUUGCAGAGAUGAUCAGCCAGUCCGAGCGACCGGUGAUCCUCGCCGGCCAGGGGGUAGUGUUGUCCCCGCGUGGAGCGGAGAUGGUCAACGAACUGGCCCAGACGGCCACGAUCCCAGUGACAACCACACUCCCCGCGCUAGGGUGCUUUAACGAGGAAGAUCCAAAAUCUCUGGGGAUGGUCGGCCAAUACGGGUCGGCAGCCGCGAAUCUAGCAAUCCAGGAAGCAGAUCUUCUGCUUGUCCUCGGCGCGCGACUCGACGAUCGGGUAGUCAGGACUCCCAAGGCGUUUGCCCUGAAGGCCAGGAAUUCGUUGCUGGCGGAAAGAGUAGGCGUGGUCCAGAUUAACAUUCACGAACCGCACUUGAACCACGUCAUCCCCGCCGGGGAGGCUGUGGCCUGCGACGUCGGUGAUGCGAUCUCUCGGGUGUUGCCACAGGUCUACCGUCGCUCGUCUAGACCAGGUUGGAUGGGGCAGCAAUCCACAUGGAAGGGGCUCUAUCCAUUCAAGUACGAACAGGAGGAUGGAGGAGAACAAAUCAUGCCGCAAGCAGUCCUCGAAGAGCUGGACCGCCAGCUCCAAGGCCAGUCGAGGCCGGUGAUUAUCACCACCGGGGUCGGCCGGCACCAGAUGUGGGCGACGCAAUUCCUACGGUGGACUAGGCAGCGGAAGAUCAUUACCUCAGGCUCCCUGGGCACAAUGGGGUUUGGUCUUCCAGCAGCUAUUGGCGCCAAGGUCGCUCGUCCGGAUGCCCUAGUCAUCGAUCUCGAUGGCGAUGCCUCUUUCUGUAUGACGAUGGAGGAACUGCUUUCCGCUUCGCAGGCGGGCGUCGACGUCAAAGUGGUCAUCUUCAAUAAUCAGGAGCAAGGCAUGGUCACGGAGUGGCAAUCAACCAACUGUGACAAACGGUAUUCUCAUUCCCAUCAGUCUAACCCCCGCUUUGAUGCUUUGGCGGAGGCAAUGGGCGUUCAAGCGAGAAUUUGUUCAUCAAUUAUUGGUGGAAAUGCCGAGUUGUAUAGAGAGCUGUUACAGAGUUCAUUCCGAAGGUUCGAUAGCCCGCCAGUGGACGAGAGCUAUGGGAUGUAG